UGCGGUAGUUCAAUAAUCACACUGGAGACUAUAGGCCACAGCUUUUAGGCCACGGGACAGACGAUCAAAAGUGGUUUGAUUCCAGUUGGCCAAGCCAUGAAGUUUUCCCUCUACUUCUUGAUUGUUACGGCUCUCAUGUCAAGAGUUUAUAGCAACAGAAAUUAUUAUAAAGAGUCAAAUGUCAAGAAGCAACUUGUUCCCGUUUCAUUCUACUAUGAUUCAAAUGGGAUGGUCAAUGAUGCUGGAGCCAUACAGACACCGCUGACCACACAGUCAUUUGAAGCAGGCUCAUAUCCAAACACUUAUAGUUUCAAAGCUGCGAGUAGAAAUGAGAACGAUCAAAAUUUUCUUCAGAGUAUAACCCAACAGCAGGGCGAUGACCAGGAAAGCGUCCAGCAAGAAGACGGGGAAAACUAUGAGAGUGAACCGAAUGACGUGGAAUUUGCUUCCGAAGCCAAACCACCUACCAACCAAAACCAUUACCAGGAAGAUUCCAUUAAUGAGAGUUUACUUGGAAAUCAAGUAAAUAACCUGUUAAGUAAUGGCGUUAAUGCUGAGGCGCCCAACAGCAACACCAAUUUCCAGGAAAGGAUUGACACUGGCCAUUUUACGAACAGACCAGAACUAGAUGGUAAUGGUAGCAGUGAUCAUUUAUCAGACAACCAAUUGGGGAAAAAUGUUACCAAAUCUCCUAACAACAACACCAGUUUCCAGGAAGGGUUUGAUACUGACCAGUUUUUAAGCAGGCAAAAACCUGCACCAGAUAAUGGUAACAGCGAUCAAUUACCAGACAACCAAUUGGAAAAAGGCAUCAAAGGAGUACCAGUCUUUCAUACAGAAGAAGGAAAAAUAUUUGAACCCAACCAGAAGCUACCCGAUGAAGGUACAGAUAACGUCUUGGACAGCGGAGUAAAAGGUUCGGCCAAUUUAAAUGCUAUGGAAGAAAGCCAAGAACAGCAAGAAAUGAUCGUGAAGAACGAAAUGUUCAGCGAUACAUUGGUCCAGCAGAACAUAAUCAAGAUAGAAGGCAAAGUUACCUCACCAGAACCUAAGGGAGACUGUAAAGGGCUGUGGCUAUCGUUCGAUGGUGGGCAUGUCAAGCUUAGUAGCAAGUCUCUGAAAUCAUUACCUAAACGCGAAAUGACAUUCAUGGCUUGGAUUCGUAUUCGUAAAACAAUCCUCAGAUCAACUGUGUACUCAACUGCUGCAGCUGGUGGAGGUCUUCAGCUGCUGGAGGUGAUCCCAGCAUCUAACAUGUUGAGCUCUAUUUUGAGGUGGAAAGUUGAUACUGCCAAAAAUGACAACCUUUUCACGAUACAGACGGAGGAAAUAAUUCCUUCAGGGUUGUGGACUCAUGUAAUUGCUAAGUACGAUGGAACCCAAGGUAAAGCGUACCUCUUUGUAAACGGUGACAAGGCAAUCAAGAAAAAAGAUAUUCCACCAGGGAAAGAUCUGGUUUGGGGGAACGACAUCGUGAUUGGAGGUUUAACAAACGCAGCUGGCAAAAUUACCUUCUCGUUUCUUGGUGGGAUGAUAAACAUGCGAUUCGUAGAAAAGGCCUUCGAUAAUACUGAGAUCAAAACAGCGUACUUGCAGUGUAAGCCACCUUAUGAAGAGAUAGCAUAUUUGGUGACCGUGUGUUCUGGGAACAAGCUAGGUUCAGGCACAACGUCAAGCGCCUACAUACAAGUGGUCGGACUAGAUGGCGAGUUUGGGGAAGUCAAGCUUGGAAACAGCUUUUCCUCAGGCUGCGGCAAAACACUCACCAUCUAUGGUCCUUAUGUCGGUAAAAUUCAGAAGAUUAGUAUCAGGAAGGACAAUACAGGCAUUGGUUUUAAAGACUGGCUUCUUGACAAGAUCACCAUUAGCGUCGAAUCAAUGCCAAAGGUUGGCGAGGUAUAUGAUUUCAAAUGCAAUUGUGAACUAUCUGACAAGACCACGAUGCAGAAAUUCAUAGACGCUUCCCCUUUAGUAAACGGAGGCUGGUCAGCCUGGUCGGAGUGGAGUGGAUGCGGUACCGGAAUGUGUGGUGGAGACAUGAAGGUUCGAACAAGAGCCUGCACAAAUCCUGCGCCUUCUGAAGGAGGGAAAAAAUGCAUGCUGCCCGACAAGACGUUUGCUACUUUUGAUAAUGAAACAGUAGCCUGCCCAGUUAAUGGUGACUGGGGCGCUUGGAGCAGCUGGUCAGAGUGUGAUCAAAUCUGUGGUGGAUCUAAAGUAACACGAACAAGGGCUUGUGACAAUCCUGCUCCCAAAAAUAAUGGGAAAAACUGCGUGGGACCUAAAGAAGAGACAAAAAUGGACUGUACUCAAGAAUGUGAAGAUUGGCCUGUCAAUGGUAACUGGACUGAAUGGGGAGCUUGGAGCGCAUGUUCAAAAUCCUGUGGUGGAAGUGUUGUGACUCGUAAGAGAACGUGUAGCAAUCCUGCUCCACUGAGGAAUGGUUUACCUUGUGAAGGAGAUGACACCGAGACUGCAACAGACUGUACUGUACACUGCCCAAUCGAUGGAGCAUGGACCGAAUGGGGACCAUGGACUGAAUGUAGCACAACAUGUGGUCCAGGACAACAGACGCGUCAACGAAACUGUACCAAUCCACCUGCUGCUUUUGGCGGGAAAGAGUGUCCAGAAAAGGACGGCAAGGAAGUCAAGGAAUGCAAACUGGUUAAAUGUCCAAAUGCAGUGAACGGUAACUGGGGCAAUUGGGGCGCAUGGUCAGCAUGCACUGAGAAAGAGUUCUGUGAUCAGGGUGAAAAGAAACGCACUCGUAAAUGUGACAAUCCAGCCCCUGCCGAGGGGGGUGAUCUGUGCGUUGGCUCGGACACUGAAGAUGAAUUGUGCCCGAAAGAUAAGUGCAAACCUCUCGAGGGACAAACGAUUAAUCUCAAGCCGACUUCAUUCAUCACUGAGUCAUGCAAAGCCAAAACUGCUUCAUUCGCUUUGAACUCCAAAGACAUUCCCAAUUCCAUUUACGCUGACAAGAUCUUGGCGGGAAUCAAGGACAUCAUCACAACCAGCUACUUUGCCAAGAUAGAAGUAGAGCAAGAUGAUGAAAACGUCACGAAGUUUUGUUUUCAACCCAAGGCUCCAUUGGCAAUGCAGAAGCUUGAAAAGGCUUUUCCUGGGUAUGCUAAGACGACGUCAUUACCUGAAUUUACGAAGCCGACUGGGACUGAGGAUACCGCUGGCCUGUCGGUAACGCUGAAGACUGAUGGAUCUCUGCAUGCAGUGGAGUUCAGUCUUGGAGAGGCAGACCAGUACGCGCCAGUCAAAGAUGUCGUCAUUAAAUACGCCAAGUUCUUUUUCAAAGAAAAGCCAGGAGAAAGAGGCAUCGUAGCGUAUGGUCAACACGAAUUUGCUAACAGUCUUUUCGAUGUUGAAUUUAAGUUGGAAUCAGAUCCAGUAUUGGUUGGUACAAGUAACACCAAAACAGACCUAGAGGCUGUCAUCAACGCGCUAUCUCUUCCUCAAGCUACUUCCUUGGUCGGAAGCCCAGCGGUGGCCGCCCAAGAUGUUCUUAAGAAUAUCUUGAUCGACUACCUGUUGAACCUCGGUCUUUCUAAAGUGAAGAUAAAUGAUCUCAAGGAAGCACUCGGCAAAAAUACUAAAAGAAUUUCCGGUUCCGUCAAAGUUGGUGCUACCGAAACAUUUAAUGUGGAAGUUAUCAAGCAGAAAUAUUUUGCGAUUGGGUUGACUUCAGACCAAGCAUCUGUCCAGGGAAUUCUGGAUAAGCUACUUGUCAAACUCAAAGGGAAGAAAAUGCCAGAAGGAAUGGGUAUCUUUGGUUCUAUGAUCAAUACACAGGUCGGUAUCGCUUACGCGCAGAAGGGUUUCAAAGUCGAUGCAGAAACCAGUUUUGUAACAGAACCCUUAAAAUCUGCCUUCUCUAGUAACGCAAUGAAAGAGGGUGUCUUCAUUGCCAUGCGUACACAGCUCCCUGAAACCUGUAAAGGCAAUGUCUGUAAGUUUUUUAGGGCUCUUGUUGGUAAACCUGAAAAGGCCAAGGACACUUGGUUGUCUUUUUCAAUUUACGGAAGCAAGAAAGGGUUGGAGCUUACAGCGUCUAUUCUUGGUCGAAAGAUCACGGAGAAUGUCGAGCUUUCGAAGAUAGAGCUCUUUUUAAAGGCAACCUUUCUCCCACCCUCAGUUAAGAUGGAAUUCAGGAUUGGUGUCACGUUUCCUAGUCCCACUGGGGAAAUCUACAUCGACAAUAUCAAGCAGCCCGAGGAAAAGUGGACUCUAGAAGGAGCAAUCAGUUUGUCGUCUGUCCCCACAGAUUUGCUUGGAAUUACUCUCGGUAUGAAGGGAAUUUGGAGAAAAGCAUUAGGGAUUCCAUUCCUUGCUAUUCGAGACAUUAAGUUUAGCUUUAAAAUAUCUACUGCUGGAAUACUGUCAUCGUUUGGAUUUGCUGGCGCACUAGAGUUAGGGACAGAUUGUUAUUAUGAUGAAGACUUUGGAAAGGACGGGAGGUGUAUCAGAGCAGGGGUGGACUUUAACCUUGGUAUAGGAAUGGAAGCCAAGUACGUGUAUGGCUCGUUGUCACCCGUAACAGUUGGAAAAAUCUUUCGUAUGUUUAACUCGAAGCUUGAGAUACCAGAGAAGAUAGCAAACAGCGGUUUUGAGAAGGAAGUAGUGGUUUCAUUUGCUUCAAAGAAACAAGUUAUUAAAUACCAAGGGGUUGACAUUGAGCUCAAAGAAGGGCUUAGCAUCAAUGGCACACUUUCAAUUCUUGGAUUUCAAAUAGCCACAGCAAUUGUACUCUCUCCAAAGAGAGUUUAUUUCAAAGUGGAACUAUCUCCAUUGAAGUUAGGAAAGAUUCAGAUCUUUCAGUCAUUGGCUAAAAAGACCCUUGGACCUGUGUUUUAUGCAGACGCUAUAACAUAUCCAUCACCAUCAUUAGAGAUUUAUCUCAGGGGAGCCACAAAGAUCUUCGACGUCGAGACCGAGAUCAUGUUUCAUUUCAAGCCCAAAUUAAUCGAAGCCAGUUUUAAGCUGGGGCUACCACUUAUCAAAUUAGAAGUCGAAGUCUAUGUCAAAGGUACCUAUGGAACUAAACUAGAGGACUAUGGCUUCCUGGCUAAGUUGAAAGUAACAAGUGGACACAUGGAGAUUAAGAAAGAUGCCUCUGCGACGGUCGAAAAUCUUGUCAACCGGGCAAGAACUAAGAUACAAGAAGUAAGGGACAGAGUUAAGAAACAGAAAGAAGAAUGUAAGAAAAAAGUAAUCAAUUACUGCGGCAAGUGCAAAGAAAUUGUGUGUGACACGGUGCGGUCAAAUUGUCAGGUAGCACUGGAUGAGUUCAAGAACUAUAUAGGUGGAGCGGUAAACAGAUUUGGCGGCUGGUUCAUUGGUGUUGCCAAGAAAAUAGCAUCAACAUUCAAAACGACACGCGAGCGCAGAAGCGUCGAGUUCUUUCCGGGUCGAGCCCAGAUGAUGACACGUUUGAGACGCAAGAGAUUCAUUGGGAAUUAUCUUUGCAAGACGUUAGCCCCGGCCAUCUGUAAGGGAUCAAGGUCUUUUUGCGACGCGUCGUGUCAACUCCCACAACACAUCRCUAAAGGAGUUUGCAAAGGACUCGAUCUGGCUCACAGGUCUCUUUUCCUGGUAGAAGACAGUUUUCACUGGGCAAAGCGUAUCCAUGAUGUUUUGCUCAAAGAUAUAAUCAAAGUCCAUAGUAUUGUGUUUGAGCUUGAACUUUCUCCAACUGUAGGAGUGAGCGCCGAUGUUUCAGUUGACAUCACUAUUAUGAAUGUUCGACGAAAAAUCAGUAUUUUGAGUAUCAAUUUGGCCGAGUUGAUAAAAUUAGGUAAAGCAAUCGCGGAUAAAGCUAUAGCUGAGCUUAAAAAGAUGAUUAGUAAGAGGUACACGGAUACCACAUAUGACAAGCCGAAUAAUGUUGGUGAUGUGGUGGUUGGAGCUCCAUUCAGAAUCUGUAACACCGGCAGCAAGUGCAAUUUUUGUAUCACGAGUCCUGCUCUUAUGAAAGGAUCGUCCAUUGGGAUGAGCGGGUGCUCUGGUGCAGAUUCCCAGUGGGUGUACACGCUGACGGGCGAGCUACUCAACAUGCAUAGUGGACUAUGCUUGGCAUUCACUGGUACAGGCAAAGACCUCAAGAUCGUUCAACAAGACUGUAAGAUCAAUGACGAGAACCAACGCUUCACGUGUGAACAUAAUAGGAUCUUCUUGGGUAAUAGUAAAACAGACUGCUUGAUUGAAAAAGGGGCUCUAAGAGACUCCGUUAAGAGACAUUUAUAA